AUGCGCGGAUCUUUUACACUAUGACUGGAUUCAGGAAGCAUGCUUUUAGCGCUAUGAGCGUGUUCUAUCCUUGUUUAACUUUCAAUAAAUGACAAAGAUAGAGCACGCUCAUAGCGAGCCCAGCCUAUAUGGAAAUAUUGUCCUAGGGAAGUUUACAUUUAGACAUUUUUCGACACUGCUGGACACGUCAAAAAUCGAGUUCAGUUUUCAGUUUGACAAGAGUUUGACGUAAAUAUGGAUGGUCAAUUAUUGGAACCUACAUUGUACACGGUCAAAGGGAUGGCUAUUCUUGACAACGAUGGCAACAGAAUUCUAGCAAAGUAUUAUGAUAAAAAUGUAUUUCCAACGUCAAAAGAGCAAAAAACUUUCGAGAAGAAUCUGUUUAGUAAAACACACAGGGCGAAUGCUGAAAUUAUCAUGUUGGAUGGUUUAACAUGUGUCUAUAGAAGCAAUGUAGAUUUAUUUUUCUAUGUCAUGGGCAGUUCGCAUGAAAAUGAGUUAAUUCUUAUGAGUGUCCUCAACUGCCUGUAUGACUCUGUCAGUCAGAUUCUUCGCAAGAAUGUCGAGAAGAGAGCAGUAUUGGACAGUUUGGACAUAGUAAUGUUAGCGAUGGAUGAGAUUUGUGAUGGCGGUAUAAUUCUGGAUGCGGACGCGUCAAGUGUAGUGCAAAGAGUAGCAUUGCGAACAGAUGACAUUCCACUUGGGGAACAAACAGUAGCACAGGUGUUGCAAUCGGCGAAGGAACAGCUUAAGUGGUCAUUAUUAAAAUAAUGCUCCUGUUCCAUGCCUAAGUACCUGUUUUAAUCUAACUUUGGAUAUGAAAAGAGACAAUAGUGAAAUCUACUUUAUCCAUAGUAAAAUGCAGAUUUUCUUAUCAUAAAUUGGUAAUGCCUAUUUCAUAUUUUUAGUAUAAUUUCUCUUCGUUGGAUGGCGCUUUAGGUUUUUUUAAAUACAAGCUCACACAUAGUUAGGCAUUUGUAUACAAGCUAUAGCAU